CCUCUCACCAACGCUGCGGAGACACUUGACGUCAAACGCGAUGAUGACCUUCUUUCCUUCAUCACAGUACGCCACAGAUACGAAGAAGGAUGAAUCACUGCUAACCCUGCUAGAUGCCGAAUGUCAAGGCGCCCAAAUACAACGUAACAUACUACGAUCGCAGUCGCGUAAGCCCCGGGUAUUGGUUUGUCGCACCGUACCUGCACUUCGAAGCGGAAGCUCCCAAUACAAAUCGCAAAUACGUGCCCUGUCAGGUGGGACCUCACAUCUACGAUCAGGAUGGCAAGCUGGUCUGGACCGGCUCCUGCCUACAUGAUAAUCGCAACGUCUUUGACUUCAAGACUACAACCAACAUCGCCGAGGGUACCACCCAUCUUUCAUAUAUCCUACAACAAAUGUUCGUGAACGAUGGCACGCCGCUGGCCAAAGGCGCGGGUUAUAUACUGAACGACAAAUACAUGGUUGAGAAUGCCAUCCCGAUCACCAACGACCUCGAGCGAUGGGAUCUGCACGAAUUCAACAUUCUGCCCAGCGGAAAGACGGCCCUGGCAGCCUCCAUUCGGAUUCAGGAUCAGACCCUGGCGGAGUUGGGUCGACCGACGGAAAUGAGCCGAGUGGCCUCGGGGGGAUUUCUGGAGAUUGACAUCGCCACCGGCGCGGUCCUCUUCGACUGGGACUCUCGCGAUAAGAUUCCCCUGCACGAGUCGGACCAUGUGAUGCCGUGGUCGCCGCCUGAAGGGGGAGGCGGGUUGGAUUAUAUUCACGUCAAUGCGGCCGACAAGAACCAAUACGGCGACUACCUCAUGUCGGCUCGCUACACGAGUACUAUCUAUCUCAUCUCUGGGCAAGACGGACAUAUUAUCUGGCGUCUCGGGGGCAAGUACACCAACUUCGCCAUGGACUUCACCUUUUCCAAGCAACACAACGCGCGGUUCGUCUCCGUCAACGAGACGCACACCAUUCUUUCCUUCCUCAACAACGCCUCCGACGACUUCACCAACCAGGAGGAGGUUUCCUCCGGCAUGAUCGUGGAGCUCAACACGGUGACUAUGACCGCCACGCUCCUGAACCGCUACACCCGUCCGGACGGCGGACUGACUCGCAUGCGAGGCAACCUGCAGAGCCUGGACGGAGGUAACGUCUUUAUGGGCUGGAGUGCGCAAGGCUACCACAGCGAGCACGCCCCCGAUGGCACCGUUCUCAUGGAGGCCCAGUUUCAGUCGCCUCGUUUCAACAGCUACCGGUCGUACAAAUUCCCGUUCAUUGGCAAACCUCAGCAGCCGCCCGCCCUGGUUGCCUCUGUCUUUGCCAGCAAGCCCAGCCUUGCGCAUGCGUCUGCCACCAGCGCCUCCUCAUCGAAUUCCGAGCUGACGACCGUCUUCCAUGUCAGCUGGAACGGUGCCACCGAGGUCGCCGUGUGGAACUUUUAUUCGCAGGCCGAUGAGAUUUCCAUUCCCUACUUGAUUGGGAACGUGAGCAAGCACGACUUUGAGUCUGUCUUCGUGACUCCGGGUUACUGGGACUUUGUUUCUGCCGAGGCGCUUGAUCGCAACGGCAACUCGCUGGGCUGGUCGAUGAUCGUCCGCACCCGGAUCGAGGGAGGUCUGCAGUAUGCCUCGGAGGAUAGCGAGGCGCCCCUGCUGGUCCCGGACGAUCCGGCUUCUCUUGUUGCCCAGCCUGCUGAAGAGGCUGUCGAACCAGCAGCGCCAGCGACCGAGACAAUGGAGACCAUUGUUGGGGACGAAGCAAUGGCCAAGGAGGCGUCGGAACCAGGCUCGACGGCCGACCGAUUCAUGACAGCGACGAACGAGGUGGUUCUCGGGAUGGUUCUGUUUGCGUGUUUGGGUACGAUUCUGAUCUGCUGGUGGUCGAGGCGAUUCUCGUGGCGGCCACAUCGGUAUCUGCGGGUGGCUUCGUCUCCGUUGCCUAGUCCGUUGGUGUGAGGGAGCCACUGCUGCACCUCGACGGAUGGAUGUAUCUUGUAUAUAAUAUACGAAUUCUGAUUUGCAUCGGUUCAGCGGAUCCAUAGAAGGACA